CUAGUUGACGUGUGUCGCUACUUGUUUUUACAACGAGGAUAUGAACGUAGUUAAGAUAAAUGGUGUGAAAGUUUAUAAUCUAACAGCCAAUCGUUCGCUUCCUGAAUGGGCAUCCAAAUCAGAAAAGAGGAAGAAAAAGGCUGAUGGGGAUUUAAGCCGGCGUAUUGAAUUAAUCCAGGAAUUAGAAAUGCCAGAUUCAACUACUUAUUUAUCUUGUUCUCCAGACGGUCACUAUUUAUUUGCUUUAGGACGCUACAAACCUCGAGUUAAGUGUUACGAGUUAUCAAACCUCUCACUAAAAUUUGAUCGGUGUCUUGAUUAUUUACCAUACAAGAUUGUAUGCCUCAGCGACAAUUAUUCUAAAUUUGCACUAUUAGAAGAAGAAAGAUGGGUUGAUGUACACGCUGCGGGAGGCCACCAUUUUAAAUUUCGAAUUCCUAAGCAGGGUGUGGAUUUAGAUUACUGUUCUUACACAUGUGACCUCUUUAUUGCCUCAUCACGCAACCAUAUAUAUCGGAUGGAUUUGUCUGAAGGUCGCUUCAAAACCUGUUUAGUAUCACGUCGCUUGGAAAAUACCAAUCAUGGAUUUACAUCGUGCAUCUUUGAGAAAAGUUAUGGCCUUCUUCUCGGUGCGUCAACACUUGGCUGUGUUGAUGGGUGGGAUACGAGGACUUCUGAACAUGUAUUUGGCUUAAAUGUAUGCGAGUACGCCCCACCUCCCGAAGAGGUCCAACACAGCCGACGAUCAGCUGCAGUCACCUGCAUUACGUACAAGGACCCACUGAAUAUAGCAGUGGGUACCAGUGACGGCAUGGUUUACAUCUACGAUCUUCGACAGAACCGUAAACCUUGGCAUUGCCGUGAUACUGAGUAUAGAGAGCCGGUUAAAUCCAUCAGUUUUCAUGACGACAAAGUGCUAGCGGCUUUGCGUUACUGCUGUAAGAUCUGGACGGUCGAUACUGGCAAAAUAUUUGUUGGGUUCAAUAUUGGUCCAGCGGAGUGCAAUUCUAUGUACCAUUUCCCGAAUAGUGGGCUACUCAUGGUCGCUUCAGAGUCCCCCAAGAUUUCAACAUAUUUUGUUCCACUGCUUGGAGAAGCUCCAUUUUGGUGUAGUUAUCUGGACAGUCUCGUCGUGGAGUGCGAGCCAGAUGUAACAACUAUGUAUGAUGGAUACAAAUUUAUAACUCGUCAACAACUUGCUGAUUUGGGGAUGUCAGACCUUAUUGGAACACAAUUUUUAAGAGCCUAUAUGCAUGGAUACUUCAUUUCCGCACGCCUUUAUAAUAAAAUACAAGACUAUUUGGGUAUUUCCCAACAGCCUGCCACUCAUGUAACCAAACCUAAAUCUUCCGACUCCCAGCCUAAAGCUAUAUCGCGUUCCGAAAACAUAAUUGCAGAAUUUAAUGAAGCUUCCAAUGAUCAACGUUUCUGUAAACUUUCAGACAAUCCGAAGCUCACACUAAGUGCUACGGAUGAAGAUUCGGACCUCAUACAAAUCCAUCAAGCAAGAUUAGAAAAGAAACGUAGACGCAAGGAAUUGCGUAAAGAACGAGCUGCACGUACUGAGUCACUGGUAAAAAAAGUCUCUGAUGAACAUAACUAA